AUGGCGCUGAUACAGGGUUUUCUGCUGCUGUUGUGGGCUUACGCAGCGCUGGCAGAUUGGAGCCCCAAGAUCAAUAAGUCGAAAUGGCCAGGUUAUACCGUAUUCGAGUCCUUCGACGACUCCCCAGUGGUAUUGUCCAUGGACCAGGGCACUUUGAAGAUUUCCAAAGACAAUGGAGAGCAUUGGAACGCGGUCAAAGCGACUGGAAACGAUAACCUCUUCAUUCGAGUUGACCAGAAUUAUAAGAAGAACCGUGCGUUUGCUCCUGGCAACAAAAUGAAAGGGAGACUUUUUAUGACAAGCGACCAGGGAGAAUCUUGGUCAAAACUCAAUGUGCCUUUCGUGACGUUUAAAAAAAAACAUGGGUAUUUCGAUAUAAAUCCGGAAUCCAACCCCUUUGCAGAAAACGAUCUGCUGGUGACCACAGUGAACUGCGAUCAAACUUGCGAAGCCCAUGGCUUUGUAACAAGCGAUAUGAAAAACUUUAAACAAAUUAAGUUGCCCCUCAAGAAUUAUAACAACCUCAAUUGCCGCUAUUCAGGACUCACAGGCAAUAAAGACUCCGCUCACGAUAUUCUCUGUGAUGCAACCUACAACUACGAGGAGGGCAUGUUUGUUAAGCUGUUCGUUUCCAGGGACGGCGGUGCGAAUUUCGAAUAUCUCGAGCCAUUUAGAGAAAGCGAUGUCCGCGAGGUAACUGUGACGUCUGAUUAUAUCAUUGUUUCGACAUUGGAAGACCGAUACAAUCGAGACUCGCCUCAGGAACUUUGGAUUUCUCGAGACGGCCAAAAUUUUGAAAGGGCAUCGAUCCCAACCAGUGUCAGGGGUUCCUUUUUUGUGUCACAGCUUUCUCAGUAUUCCAACCGGUUGAUGCUCUUGUCUGGAUUUGGGAGUCCCAGAGAGCGAGGGUCCGGUCUUGUUCUAUCGGACUCUGAGGGUCUCAAGUUUUCUCCAGUACCCUCUUUUCCCGCAGACCAUGCAGGAUUCCACAUGAUAUCUGAUGUAAGUGGUCUUGAAGGAGUUCUCGUGUGUUCUUUCACCGACUUUUUCGCUCAUUCGGGAAGGCAUCCGUCUGUCAUAACCAAGAUUACUUUUGACGGUGGAUGGUCGUGGUCUGACUUACUGGUCGACGAUGUAGAUAACGAGUUUGAUUGUAAAUCCGACGAUUCUCGUAAAUGUGCUCUUACUGUUCUUCUCAUGCCCUCCUUGAUGUAUGGAAAGAAUCCACACGUUACAUUACCAGGAAUGCACUCUUUUAUUGGGUAUGUGAGUGAAGAAGAGGUGAAUGAAGAAAAGGGUCCAACAAUGCAAACAUUCUUGACAAUCGAUGGAGGCCAGACGUGGAAAAAAGCUUUUGACUUUCCGGUGGUAAUCCAAUAUGGUGAUUACGGUAACAUCAUGGUUGCCUUUCCGUUCGCACCUGAUUCUGAUGGAGAUCCGGCCGCCGAAUUCUUUUACUCCCUUGACCACGGUGAAACUUGGAUGGAGCAUCAAUUGGAAGAGUCCGUGUUCAUGGGAGAUUUUUUCGCUACCGCGCUUGAUGGGUCAGGAUCAAGCUUUAUCAUGCAUGGCAUAGACUCUAAAAACCGCGAUAGAUCCUGGAUUUACACAAUUGACUUCUCUGAUCUCUUCGAUAAAAGAAAGUGUGGAGAGGAUGACCUGGAGGACUGGCUUUCAAACGGGGGUGAUUGCAUUGGCGGGACAAGACGGAAGUACGCAAGGAGAAAGAAUGACGCGGAAUGUCUCAUUCGAGAAACCUACAAGGAUCUUGAGUUUGAAGAAGAAGUUUGCCAAUGUAGCGACGCUGAUUAUGAAUGCUCUCCUGAAUUUUACCUUGCCCCUAGCGGUGACUGCGAUUUAGAUUUCAACUUUCUUGAGCAGUCACAAAGUUGCAGCGCAGUGAAGCAAGGUGAAAAGAUAAAACUACGCCCAAAGAAGCUUCAAAGAGGAAACAAAUGUGAUAACCCGUUGACCAUAGAUCCAAAAGAAGUUGAUUGUGAUGGGAUUACGGACGAAUAUGGAAAGGAGCCUAUUAUUGUCAUCGAGAACUCGCUCCAGUCCGAGCUCAAAUCAUAUCAAUACUUCAAUACCAAAGCCGAUGAGACUGUCCUGCUAAGGGAUAGUAAGAACGAGGUUUACAUUUCAUACGAUAGUGGCAGAAGCUUGAAGAAGCUCAUGAAUAAGGUCACCGAAGUCGUUUUCAAUCCUUACUUCAAUACGAGUGCUUACAUUUUUGGUGAUGACAAUCAAUUGCACAUCACUGAUGAUCGAGCAAGGACUUUCGAAACAUUUGAAUUACCUGAGUCGAAGCAGCUCGGGUUUCCGUUGUCAUUCCACGCAAAGGACCGAGACACUUUUGUUUACUACGGGGGCAAAGGUUGUGAAAGUGUUUUUGACCCAAAAUGCCAUGUCGUCGCUUACAUCACCCAAGAUGGCGGAAGUAGCUUCACUGAGAUGAAAAGCGGAGCAAGGAACUGCGAUUUUGUCGGUUCCUUGUACGAGGACCCAUCACACCCAGAUAUGCUACUGUGCACAAUUCGCGAGUCCGGAUCUAGAGGACAUAAAAUAGUCACCAGUGUUGACUUCUUUCAAAGUGAGCCCGAAAUUGUUUUUGAAAAUGCUCUUGGAUUCGUAUCCGUUGGAGAGUAUACCGUCAUUGCCGUUCCUCACGAAGAGCAAGAAUUAAGAGCAUUCGUUACAAUUGAUGGCGAGAACUUUGCCGAGGCCAAACUGCCUGCUGGAUUAGGAACAGAUAAGCAACAGGCUUACACUGUGCUGGGAUCUCAGAAAGGUGCCAUUUUUUUUCACUUAACCACACAUAUGAAUCAGAAUCAAGAGUUUGGAGCGCUAAUGAAAUCCAAUUCUAAUGGAACCUCCUUUGUGACUUUAGAACGAGCGGUCAAUCGAGGUCCUCGAGGCUUCGUUGACUUUGAGAAGCUGGAGGGUCUCGAGGGUAUCAUACUCAUAAACACUGUAGCCAACGUUGACGAAGUGAAAUCGGAUACAAAAGCUCAGAAACAUCUGAAGUCAAAGAUAUCAUUUAAUGACGGUGCCGAUUGGACUUACCUUGAACCACCAAACAGGGACUCAGAAGGUAAAAACUACAAGUGCAACCCAAAAAAUAAGGAAUCCUGCUCUUUAAAUCUUCAUGGCUAUACUGAGAGAACUGACCAAAGAGACACCUAUUCCUCAGGCUCGGCUUUGGGCUUUGUGAUCGGUGUUGGAAAUGUUGGAGAAUAUUUAUUACCUCUUGAACAAUGUUCAACAUUCAUGAGUGUUGAUGGAGGGUUCACCUGGAAGGAGAUCAGAAAGGGUGUAUAUCAAUGGGAGUAUGGCGACCGAGGAAGUGUAGUAGUCCUUGUUAAAGAUGGUGGGAAAACAGACUCACUCAUCUAUUCAGUUGACUCUGGAAAAACGUGGAAAGACUACAAGUUUUCGGAGGAAGAAGUAUAUGUGGAAGACUUGGUGACUACACCCCAGGACUCAGCCAUGCGUUUUCUCAUCAUUGCCAAGUCUUCCAAGGUGACGGGCAAAGAGACGCGCACGUUUACGGUUGACUUUACGCAUUCGUUCGAGCGUCAGUGUAGUUUGCAAAAUGGAGAUUACGUUUACCGCACUUUCGGUAAGUGUCUCUUUGGUCAUCAAGAAGAGUACCUUCAAAAAGUUAAUGAUAAUUGUUACAACGGCGCAGCACCCAUCAAAGACAUGACGAGGGUGGCAAAAACAUGUGCUUGCACCAGAAUGGAUUUCGAGUGUGACUACAAUUACUAUAAAGCGAGCGACGGCACAUGUAAGCUUGUCGAGGGAACAGAGCCUCUAGACGGUAGCGAAAUGUGUGAAAAGAAUCCCCUUCUUGUAGAGUUUUCUGAGCUUACGGGUUACAGGAAAAUACCACUGUCAACCUGCAAAGGAGGGCUGGAGCUAGAUUGGUCCUCCCGUCUUCAUGCAUGCCCCGGGUAUGAAGGAGAAUUUAGGAGGCGUCAUCGGGUUACUGGUGGUCGUUUAAUCGCCAUCAUUGUUCUUCCACUCGUCGUGUUCAUUGCUGCCGCCUGGUUUGUGUACGUCCGUGGUGUUAAACGCAAUGGCGGGUUUUCUCGUUUCGGGGAAAUCAGAUUAGGAGAUGAGGAACUAAUUGAACAAAAUGGACUAGACAAGGUUGUGAACUCGAUCGUCAAGAUAGGUGUUCUAGGGUUCUCAGGUCUUGUGACUGCCAAGCAAUUGACCACUCGAGCGGCUCAACAUACGUGGCAGCGACUACGCUCAAAAUUAUCGGGUAACACAAACGGCCCAACAUACUUUUCGCUGAAUCACGACCAAUUUCUGGAUGAGGCAGACGAGUUGCUGGCCGGCCAUGACGAGGAUGCGAAUGACCUAACGAGUUUCCUCCACGAUGAUGAAAACUACGAUAUUCCCAUGGAUGACGAGCAGAGCAACGAAACAGCGAGACCCUACAGUGACGAAAUCGAUGAAUCCGAGGGUCAUGUCAAUGCCGAUAAUGCUACCGAUAGUUGA